CGCGAGCCGCUGGGGGGGAAACACCCUGUGUCGGAGUGUUGUGAGUGUUGCCUCGGGUGUUUAGUGUUGUGUCAGCACACUUGAAUUAUUGGCAACAAUGGAGAGGUGAUGAAGUUGGCAGUAUGGCGGACACGGAGGUGCCGCACCUGCUGGUCGCACUGGCGUGUUGUGUGGCAGGAGUAGUGGCGGGGACUUGUCCUUCACUAUGCGAGUGCAAGUGGAAGAGCGGCAAAGAAGCAGUGUUGUGUUUGAACGCCAACUUCUCCACAAUACCGCUGUCUCUAGACGCGGGAACCCAAGUUAUAGACCUUACAGGAAACAAUCUGGCAGAGAUAGGUAGAGACGCAUUCAGCAAAGCAGAUCUACUCAAUCUACAGAAAAUAUUUGUUGCAAAGUGUAGAAUAAAAUCGUUGGACAGAUAUGCGUUUAGAAAAUUGAAAAAUUUAGUAGAGCUAGACUUAAGUUACAAUGUUCUUCUUGCUGUUCCUUCUCAUAUUUUUGACUCAAUAGCGGAGCUAAGAGAGUUAAAAUUGAGUGGUAAUCCAAUUCUAAGGGUGAUGAACGACGCUUUCAGCCACAUCCCGCAACUGGUGCGGUUGGAAAUGUCAGACUGUAGAUUACAAAUUGUGGAACCUCGUGCCUUCAACGGUCUCCAUGAAAGCCUGGAGUGGUUGAAACUAGAUAAAAAUAAAAUAGGUAAUAUAAGGUCUUCGACUCUAACCGCUCUACAGAAUCUACACGGGCUAGAACUUUCAGGGAAUCCGUGGAAUUGUUCGUGUUCAAUUAGAGAACUCAGGGAGUGGAUGCUACGGCAGAACAUUCCCUCUAGUGCCCCACCGGUGUGUAAAGUCCCCCGUAGACUCCACGGAAAAUCUUGGGAUAGGUUAAAUCUUGACGACUUCGCUUGCAUACCUUCCAUUGCUGCUCACAGUGAAGUAUUUUCAGGUACCGAGGGAGGAAAUGUAUCCCUCUCCUGUCUGAUAUCUGGGAGCCCAGACCCUGUCGUGAGAUGGUACUGGAAAAGCCGUAUUCUUCCUAACGUUUCUUCGGGAGUGACUAGUGCGAAGAGGCCUUACGUUAUAACUGUGGGGGAGAAAGUGACAUACUUGACUAUAGUAAAUCUUGAUUUGCAAGAUGCCGGAGUUUAUCUGUGUACUGCAGAAAACAAAGCUGGUAGAGUGGAAGGGAACGUAACGCUGGAAGUGAUCAAGAGAGUCAGAGAAGCAGGGUUCUCUUGGAACGUUCUGCUCGCUAGUAUCAUCGUCGCUGUACUUUUCGUCGCCGCCUCCUGUCUGGUGGUGGUGUGUAUGUGUUCAGUCAAGCAGAAGCACGGGAUGCCUAGAGCGAGGAAAGAGAGCUACGAAAAGAUGGAACUGAACCACAAGAGCUGCGGGCCUCUGGCUCCUACUGCCAACCACUACACGGAGGUGGCCGUAGUAGCGCCCACCAAGCAGCAUCCUCGCCACAGCGAAUACCGAGGAGUUCCUGGGGACGAUGCUGAGGGGGAAGAUGAGGACGACACUCCUUCGACAGUCGUGUCUGAUGCCAAGGAGAACAUCGUGGAGUUCACCCGAGGAGCUUCCAGAGCAAACAGGCCGUCGUUUGGUGACGUGCCAGUACAACAUCACGUGUUGAGAAAGGAAAUUCUCCCCUCAGGUAGUCUUUACACCACCGCCACCCCUUCCAGUGAUGAACGCAAUUAUCCAGACCUGCUGGAGACGUCACCUCAACCAGACCACACGCAUUUCUUCAGCACGCUUCCCAGGUCCAGAGGUGCCAGGACCGUAGCAGUGUCGGAGAGUCAAAGUCCUCUGUUGACCGACAGUAGAUACGGCAGCAGCGGUGGCGACAGUGGAGGUUCCAGGCGCCUGACCUCCGAGUCAAGAUCUUCCUCGUACUAUAAACUCUCCUCGGUGGGCGAGCAGCGGUCUAGCAGCACUUUGAAUCUCUCCCAUGGGUCUUCCACUCUUCCAGGACCCCGCGCCUGGAGACAUCCCAGUUUACCUACCUCUCCAGUACCUCGCCCUGUGGGUCCUUCUACCGAGACUCCCAUCCUCGACCUCCUGGAGCAGAGACCCUCUCCCAGGUCGGAGUACUCCCCCUCGGUCACCACCUACGACUACCACGCUGCCCAGCUAGAGAGGUUCCUCGAGGAGUACAGAAGUCUACAAGAACAACUUGCCAGGAUGAAACGGGAGCAGGAAGAAUCUCCUCCUAAAUCUAUCCUGAAAAACAAGAACAGUCAUUCCUCGCCGGACUCGGGUGACCCUUACUGGGUCCCACGGAACACAUUGUAUAAUGCCGGCAGAUCUUCACACAAUGACUACUUCCCCAGCUGAGAGUCAAUCAUUGACUAGUCACCUGACUAGUAGUUGAUUUAGACCCAGGAGAAAAGAUAUUAAGAUCUGCACCUGCCAAUGAAUAGACUGCAUAAUGUCUUGAGUACUAUAUACUCCCUAAGCUAGCAGAUAGUAUUAGGUAAUCGGAGGGAUCUUAUAGUGAAUACCAUUUGUUCGUAAAACUUUUACCAUAAAAUCUUUUAGUUGUAAUUCGUAAAUUCAACAAAAUCCUAAUAAAACUUACCUAUAACUAUGAGUGUUGUAAUUUAAAUCAGUCGUCUGGAUCUAAAAUAUGUACAAGAAUCAUCGGCAUAAUUCAUUUUGUUUGACAAAAAUGCCGUACAGUGAGACUUGAAACGAAACCUUGUCAAACGAAAUCAUUUGUAAUUUCAAUUUUGAUAUUCAAGGACUAUCGGCUUCAACACGGAACCAUUUUACACCUUAAUUCAGGCUAUGUCUAGAGAGUUGUGGCAUUAUCACAUAGAUAUAAAAUUCAUUGGUGAUUGGCGGGUUUCGAACCCGCUAUUUUAAGGACCAAAAGUCCGUGCUCUGCCGAUAGACCUGCUUACUCCCCUCUUAGACUUGAAUCCGGUGAAUUUAAUAACUAACGGCUCUUUCUGAGCUGAACAAGUGCAGCAUUUAAUAUCCAUUCUCCUGGGCGAAAUUAUAAAGUGGCAGAAAAUGAUCUGGACUGUGGAAAAUGUUAAAAUGCCCUACAGACAUCUUCAAUAUAGGUUCCUCCAUAAGAAUGGUUACUAUCCAGUAUUUCUACCCAUACAGCUAUAUGACAUUUAUAUUUACACCAUACUUCUUUUUAUACAGUGCUAUAUUCACAUUUUAUUCUGAGGGAUGAUUUUGUUGUGGUUUUAAUUAUAUAGUUUCAGCAACAAGUGCCAAAAUAGUGUAAGUUUAAAGAUGCCACUGAUUUUAAUCAUAUUUUUCAUGAUACGGAGUAGUCAAUAUUGACUAAUAACAGACAUUCUAUUACAGAUAGUUGUAAUAAAUACAUUUAUAGAAACUAUACUUUAUCAAAGGCCUAACUUUAAUACGUUUACCAAUGGAAACAAAAUGUACUAUAUCGGAAUAUCUUGUUUAGCAGGAAAGAAACAUUUUAAAUUCUAUUUGUCCAAAAUUCGCAAUAGGAUUUUUUUCCUUUUAUAAAAUGGAAAGAUAACUUAGAAAAAAAGUAUGCAUCAUAAUACAAAUAUGUAUAUAUAAAAUAAAUAUUAUAAUAUUUUACAACUGAAAUUUAUUUUCUAAUGACAAGAAACGUAUGUUAAACAAAGUUAAAAAAAACUAACCUACAUUUAGCAAUUACUGCAAACGUUUUUCUUUUUAAAAUAUACCUUUUGAAGAAAUAGUCAUAACAUGGCUUUACUAUGAAAAUAUGUCUUCUAAUGUAAACUAUUCCACAUUUAUUUAUACCUCUUGAGAAUAUAUUUUCACUAGAGUAAAACCAAAUGUAAGUCACCAAAACAACUUUAAUGAUAGAUUUGCGAUGUAUUUUACAAUAAUUGUAUGUUGAUGAAGGAAACGCGUUCUGUUCACUUUACAACACAGAAAUAUUUCUUUUAUUGUUUAUCAGAUCUUAAAUAGAAAUUAAAAAAUAGUUUAACACAUUUUUUGAAAACGGGAAUAGUUUUACAGGAUUGAUUAGUUUAAAUGUUAUCAGUAACAGUUAAAAGUUGAAUAAACUAUCCGUUAGAAGGCUGUGAGGUGAAAUGUUUGUAAAAAGUAGAUUUGAAAUGUUUAUAAAAGUGUUAAUAACAUGUGUUAGGGUGUAAAAUCGUGUAUAAAGUGUUUUUGUACUUUUCCGUUGAAAUAUAA